CUCACCACCUCGCCGAGGCUAAAUCCAUACACUCACAACCAGCUCACGGCGGCGUUUAUUUCCUCCCCAUGCUACUAGUUCUUAUCAAAAUCCCCUUCCCUCACAUUUCGGAUUCUUCGCCGUCGUGAAUAAUAAGGACUCUCUCUCUCUCUCUACCUACUAUAGUAUACUCUUCUUAUUUAUAUUUCCACCCCCUCAUUCUUCCUCCAGUUUAACCUCCUUUCCUUUUCACUCGCUUUUUCUCCUUCGUUUCCUGAAAAUCCGUUGUUUUCGACAGCUUCCAUCGCCUCUAUUCUCACCAGAUCUGAUUAAUUAACGCUUCUAAAUUUGUGUGACUGAAUUAAUAUUAUAAGAUAAGAUUUCAAGCUGUUGGUUAAUUCGGGAUCCGGGAAAGAUGUCGACGGUGUCAGGAUCGGGGAUUCAGAGAGGCUGCGGCGGCGGCUUGGUUAAGCCUGCAGCAUGCGCACCGAGUCACCAGCUGAAUGCGGUGGCGGCUUUGAGCCGAAGGGUUAGGGUCUCGCGGGAAUUUACAUCGAAGCAGAGGAGAGUAAACCUGGAGAAUAGAUUCGUUUGUGGCACGAGGCUUCGGGGUGUUGCUGCUCCGGAUUUGGGUUCAGGCUCGGAGAGGUUUCAUCUUUGGCAGACGGAUGGACCGGGUCGGGCUCCGAAGCUACGUGUUGUUGUGAAGAAUGCUCUGUCUCAGGUGCCGGAGAAGCCCCUCGGCCUUUAUGAUCCGUCCUUUGAUAAGGACUCGUGUGGGGUCGGGUUUGUGGCGGAGCUUUCUGGAGAAAGCAGCCGUAAAACGGUUACGGAUGCUGUAGAGAUGUUGGUGCGCAUGACGCAUAGAGGCGCUUGUGGUUGUGAGACGAAUACUGGGGACGGAGCUGGAAUUCUCGUGGGGCUUCCUCAUGAUUUCUACAGAGAGGCUGCUAAAGAUGCUGGCCUUGAGCUGCCCCCACCUGGAGAAUAUGCGGUCGGGAUGUUUUUCUUGCCUACUUCAGAUAGCCGGAGAGAACAAAGUAAAGUUGUAUUCACAAAGGUGGCUGAAUCACUUGGCCACACAGUUCUCGGGUGGCGUCUUGUCCCCACAGAUAACUCAGGAUUGGGCAAGUCUGCUCUGCAAACUGAGCCUAUCAUUGAGCAAGUUUUUCUUACUGCCACUCCCAGGUCAAAGGCUGAUUUCGAACAACAGAUGUACAUACUACGCAGGGUUUCAAUGGUAGCUAUCCGAGCUGCUUUGAACCUUCAACAUGGAGGAGUGAGAGACUUCUACAUAUGUUCUCUAUCCUCGAGGACUAUCGUCUACAAAGGUCAGUUAAAGCCCGACCAGUUGAAGGAAUACUACUAUGCUGAUCUUGGCAAUGAAAGGUUUACGAGCUACAUGGCCCUGGUACAUUCUAGAUUCUCAACGAACACAUUUCCUAGUUGGGAUCGAGCGCAGCCCAUGCGUGUCCUUGGGCACAAUGGAGAGAUUAACACACUUAGAGGCAACGUGAAUUGGAUGAGGGCUCGUGAAGGUCUCCUAAAAUGCAAGGAGCUUGGCCUGUCAAAAACAGAGAUGAAGAAGCUUCUGCCGAUUGUAGAUGCCAGCUCAUCAGAUUCAGGUGCAUUUGAUGGGGUACUUGAGCUUUUGGUUCGAGCUGGUAGAAGUCUUCCUGAAGCUGUUAUGAUGAUGAUUCCAGAAGCCUGGCAAAAUGACAAGAAUAUGGAUCCUAACCGGAAGGCUCUAUAUGAAUAUUUCUCAGCUCUAAUGGAACCAUGGGAUGGCCCUGCUCUUAUAUCAUUUACUGAUGGAAGGUAUCUUGGAGCUACAUUGGAUCGAAAUGGGCUGCGUCCAGGUCGCUUUUACAUAACACACAGUGGCAGAGUUAUCAUGGCAAGUGAAGUUGGAGUUGUCGAUAUUCCCCCAGAAGAUGUAUCCAGAAAAGGAAGACUUAAUCCUGGUAUGAUGCUGCUAGUGGACUUUGAGAAGCAUAUUGUUGUAGACGAUGAAGCCUUGAAGCAACAAUACUCGCUUGCUAGACCUUAUGGAGAGUGGCUGAAAAGGCAAAAGUUUCAGUUGAAAGACAUAGUUGAAUCUGUUCAGGAAUCUGACAGGAGUCCUCCUCCCGUAGCUGGUGUUUUACCGGCAUCUCCUGAGGAUGAAAACAUGGAAAGCAUGGGAAUUCAUGGUUUGUUGUCACCAUUAAAGGCCUUUGGUUAUACUGUUGAAUCCCUGGAGAUGCUGUUAUUACCUAUGGCUAAAGAUGGCAUUGAGGCCCUUGGUUCGAUGGGGAAUGAUGCUCCAUUGGCAGUGAUGUCUAACAGGGAGAAACUUACGUUUGAAUAUUUCAAGCAGAUGUUUGCUCAGGUCACAAACCCUCCGAUUGAUCCUAUUCGGGAGAAGAUUGUUACCUCAAUGGAGUGCAUGAUUGGUCCAGAAGGUGAUCUUACAGAGACCACAGAAGAGCAAUGUCAUCGCUUGUCACUGAAAGGUCCUCUGCUAUCCAUUGAGGAAAUGGAAGCAAUGAAAAAGAUGAACUACAGAGGCUGGAGAAGCAAAGUUCUUGACAUUACAUACUCCAAGGGACGUGGUAGGAAAGGCUUGGAAGAGACUUUAGACAGAAUAUGUAAUGAAGCGCAUAAUGCAAUCAAGGAGGGUUAUACAACACUAGUGCUUUCUGACAGAGCUUUCUCAUCUAAGCGUGUCGCUGUCAGCUCCCUCUUGGCAAUUGGUGCUGUACAUCAUCAUCUAGUAAAGAAGCUUGAGCGAACCCGUGUUGCACUGAUUGUCGAAUCUGCUGAGCCCCGUGAAGUGCACCAUUUUUGUACACUUGUAGGCUUUGGUGCUGAUGCAAUCUGCCCUUAUUUGGCUAUAGAAGCCAUUUGGAGAUUACAGGUUGAUGGAAAAAUUCCUCCCAAAGCAACUGGUGAAUUCCACACCAAGGAGGAGCUUGUAAAGAAAUACUUUAAAGCUAGCAACUAUGGCAUGAUGAAGGUCCUUGCCAAAAUGGGUAUAUCAACUUUGGCCUCAUAUAAGGGUGCUCAGAUCUUUGAGGCAGUGGGCCUCUCGUCGGAGGUAAUGGAACGAUGCUUCUCAGGAACCCCAAGCAGAGUGGAGGGUGCCACUUUUGAAGCACUUGCACAUGAUGCACUUCAGUUGCAUGAGCUAGCUUUUCCAACACGUGCAACACCACCUGGCAGUGCUGAGGCUGUAGCACUUCCUAAUCCAGGAGAAUAUCACUGGAGGAAAGGUGGUGAAAUUCACCUAAAUGACCCCCUUGCUAUUGCAAAGUUGCAAGAAGCUGCCCGAUCCAACAGUGUUGCUGCCUACAAAGAAUACUCUAAACGAGUCCAGGAACUGAACAAGUCCUGUAAUUUGAGGGGUCUUCUGAAAUUUAAAGAGGCUGAAGUAAAGGUUCCUCUGGAAGAGGUUGAACCCGCGAGUGAGAUUGUAAAACGUUUUUGUACUGGAGCAAUGAGCUAUGGAUCAAUAUCAUUGGAGGCACAUACUACACUUGCAAUUGCAAUGAACAAGAUUGGUGGAAAGUCAAAUACUGGUGAGGGAGGUGAACAACCUUCUCGCAUGGAACCUCUUCCAGAUGGUUCAAGAAAUCCAAAGAGGAGUUCUAUUAAGCAGGUCGCCAGUGGAAGAUUUGGAGUUUCUAGUUAUUACCUUACAAACGCGGAUGAGUUACAGAUAAAAAUGGCUCAGGGAGCAAAACCUGGUGAAGGGGGUGAACUUCCGGGGCAUAAGGUCAUUGGUGACAUUGCUGUGACCAGGAAUUCAACAGCUGGGGUAGGACUCAUCAGUCCUCCUCCUCAUCAUGACAUCUAUUCGAUUGAAGAUCUUGCACAAUUGAUUCAUGACCUUAAGAAUGCAAAUCCCGGUGCUCGUAUAAGCGUUAAGUUGGUUUCUGAAGCUGGUGUUGGAGUGAUUGCCAGUGGGGUUGUUAAGGGUCAUGCUGAUCAUGUCUUGAUCUCUGGUCAUGAUGGAGGCACGGGAGCUGCAAGAUGGACUGGAAUCAAAAGUGCUGGUCUUCCAUGGGAGCUUGGUCUUGCAGAGACCCACCAAACAUUAGUUGCUAAUGAUCUUCGUGGUCGAACUGUUCUGCAAACAGAUGGCCAACUAAAAACUGGAAGAGAUGUGGCUAUUGCAGCUCUUCUUGGUGCAGAGGAGUUUGGAUUUAGCACUGCCCCUCUGAUAACAUUGGGCUGCAUCAUGAUGCGGAAGUGCCAUAAAAACACUUGCCCUGUUGGUAUUGCCACUCAAGAUCCAGUUCUUAGGGAAAAGUUUGCUGGUGAACCAGAACAUGUCAUCAACUUCUUCUUCAUGUUGGCAGAAGAGGUAAGGGAGAUCAUGUCUCAGCUUGGAUUCCGAACACUCAAUGAAAUGGUGGGCCGUUCUGACAUGCUUGAACUCGAUAAAGAUCUGGUCAAGAACAAUGAGAAGCUUAAGAACAUUGAUUUGUCUUUGUUACUUCGACCAGCUGCUGAUAUCAGACCAGAUGCUGCUCAGUAUUGUGUGCAAAAACAGGAUCAUGGGUUGGACAUGGCUUUGGAUAACAAACUUAUAUCUUUAGCCAAGCCUGCCUUGGACAGAAGUCUACCUGUGUAUAUCGAGUCACCCAUUUGCAAUGUAAACCGAGCAGUUGGAACCAUGCUAAGCCACGAAGUGACGAAGCGCUACCAUUUGGCGGGACUUCCUUCGGAUACAAUUCAUAUCAAACUAAAUGGAAGUGCGGGCCAGAGCCUUGGAGCUUUUCUGUGUCCUGGCAUCACACUGGAGCUUGAAGGUGACAGCAAUGAUUAUGUUGGGAAAGGCUUGUCAGGUGGGAGAAUUAUUGUUUAUCCUCCUCAAGGAAGCAAAUUUGAUCCGAAGGAGAACAUUGUCAUUGGAAAUGUAGCGCUUUAUGGGGCCACAACUGGAGAGGCUUAUUUUAAUGGGAUGGCGGCAGAAAGAUUCGCCGUUCGCAAUUCUGGGGCUAAAGCAGUAGUGGAAGGUGUGGGUGACCAUGGGUGUGAGUACAUGACUGGUGGAACUGUUGUAGUGCUGGGCAAGACUGGAAGAAACUUUGCUGCUGGCAUGAGCGGGGGGAUUGCAUACGUUCUCGAUAUUGAUUCUGCUUUCCGAUCCCGAUGCAAUCUGGAGUUGGUAGAUCUUGAUCCUGUUGAGGAUGAUGAUGAUAUUCUGACUCUUAGAAUGAUGAUACAACAGCAUCAGCGCCACACAGGCAGCCAGUUAGCUAAGGAUGUGCUUGCUGAAUUUGACUCUCUCUUACCUAAAUUUAUCAAGGUCUUCCCUCGUGACUAUAAACGCAUUCUUGCAAGUAAGAAAGCAGAGGAAAUUUCAAAAGUGGCCGCUGAAAAUGCUGCCAAGGAAGAUGAGGUGCAAGAAGAGGCAGAGUUGAUGGAGAAAGAUGCUUUUGAAGAGCUUAAGAAGCUUGCAGCUACAUCUGCCAAUGCAAAACCCAGUCAGGUUGAACAACAAAAAUCAUUGAAGAGACCAACACGGGUGCCUGAUGCUAUCAAGCAUCGGGGUUUUGUUGCUUAUGAGCGAGAGGGGAUUUCAUAUAGGGAUCCAAAUGUUCGAGUGAAUGACUGGAAUGAAGUCAUGGAAGAGUUAAAGCCUGGACCAUUGUUGAAAACUCAAUCUGCUCGCUGUAUGGAUUGUGGUACUCCCUUUUGCCAUCAGGAGAACUCUGGAUGCCCUCUUGGGAAUAAGAUACCUGAAUUUAAUGAAUUGGUGUACCAAAAUAGAUGGCGUGAAGCAUUAGACAGGCUUCUGGAGACCAACAACUUCCCAGAGUUCACAGGUCGUGUAUGCCCUGCACCUUGUGAAGGGUCUUGUGUACUUGGUAUCAUAGAAAAUCCUGUUUCUAUCAAAAGUAUAGAGUGUUCCAUCAUAGAUAAAGCUUUUGAGGAGGGAUGGAUGGUGCCACGACCUCCUUUGAAGAGAACUGGAAAAAGAGUUGCUAUUGUUGGAAGCGGGCCUUCUGGUUUAGCUGCUGCUGAUCAGUUAAAUAAGAUGGGUCACUCUGUGACGGUAUUCGAGCGUGCUGACAGAAUUGGUGGUCUAAUGAUGUAUGGAGUGCCGAACAUGAAGGCUGACAAAAUAGAUAUAGUCCAGAGACGGGUUGACCUCAUGGAAAAGGAAGGUGUCAACUUUGUCGUUAAUGCUAAUGUUGGAAAAGACCCUUCAUACUCCCUAGAUCGGCUUCGUGAGGAGCAUGAUGCCAUUGUUUUGGCUGUAGGAGCCACAAAACCAAGGGACCUUCCUGUUCCUGGACGAGACCUUUCUGGUGUGCAUUUUGCAAUGGAGUUUCUUCAUGCAAACACAAAAAGCUUACUAGAUAGCAAACUUCAGGACGGAAACUAUAUCUCUGCUAAGGGCAAGAAAGUGGUGGUGAUUGGUGGAGGUGAUACUGGCACAGACUGUAUUGGGACAUCUAUUAGACAUGGAUGCAGUAGUGUUGUAAAUCUAGAGCUUCUCCCCGAGCCACCACGUACCAGGGCUCCAGGCAACCCUUGGCCUCAGUGGCCCCGCGUAUUCCGCGUAGAUUAUGGACAUCAGGAAGCUGCUACCAAGUUCGGUAGAGAUCCGAGGUCGUACCAAGUGUUGACAAAACGCUUUAUAGGAGAUGAGAAUGGAGUGGUGAAAGGACUUGAGGUCGUGCACGUCAACUGGGAGAAGGAUGCAAGUGGAAGAUUUCAAUUUAAGGAAGUCGAAGGUUCAGAGGAGAUUAUUGGAGCCGAUUUGGUGUUGCUGGCCAUGGGAUUCCUUGGCCCUGAAGAGACGCUUGCUGAGAAACUGGGAUUGGAACGAGACAACCGAUCAAACUUUAAAGCCGAAUAUGGCCGCUUCUCAACCAAUGUCGAAGGGGUCUUUGCAGCUGGGGACUGCCGACGUGGACAAUCUCUAGUGGUGUGGGCAAUCUCUGAAGGCAGACAAGCAGCUGCCCAAGUUGAUAAAUAUCUCAGUGAUGCCACUGUUGCUAGCGAAGGAGAUGAAGAAUUUGUAAAGAGGCAACAAGACAGCAACAGACAAAGGGUAAUGACAUAGUUGUCUUCGGCUUCUUGGUGGUACCUACAAGGUUCGAAACUGGGAACCUCAAUUAUCCCGUUCAAAUGCUCUUUCCUGGAACAAUCACCUUCAGACGACGAAGAUCAUAAGGUGCAUGCCUGAGAAGCAACAGGAGGCUGGUAGAAUCGGCAAUGGUGUUUAUCAGGGUGGACCUUAGGAUUUAGUAUUAUGGUAGUUUGUCUCUUUGUUUAUAAGUUGUAGCAUGAUUGUUCGUUUUAAGUGCUGGCGCGGAUUGCCAGGUUUAAGGGAAUAAAUAAUAAAUGUACAGGUUGUCUGUCUGUUAAAUACAUGGGGGGGAUUUUAGUUUUGCCAAAUUACUUUAUUCACUUGUGGUUUUUCCAGUCCCAUUGAACUGUUAUUGCAUUAUUUUCUGGAAUGGUUGUUCGUACCAUUGUUCUUAACCAUGAUGAUGAUGAUUUUGUAAUACUCUCUUCGUUAA